AUGUCUCUAGAAUAUUUAAAAUUUUCGCAACGCAUCAUGCAAAAUUGUGAUUUUGAACAAGUUUCUAACGAUUCUAAUGAGGUUCAAGAGGAUACGGAUGACUUGACGACUGAAGAUUCAAGCGACUUAGCUAAUUGUAUUAAUGGAUUGUACCGAUUGUUGGAUUUAUGUAAUGAUAUUGAAUCAAGCGGAAUUGUGGACAAGAUAAUUAUUUCCAAGGAAUAUUUAGGGAAGCUAUGCAAUGAUAUGGUCCAAUCAAGUUUCAAAUCUAUUUCUGAAAUUAAUUACUCGGAAUUAAAUUCAAUCUCAUUUCGUCUUAUUGGAUGUUAUGGAAAUCGCAUUUUGAUCGCAAAACUCUUGUUGAAUAAAAAUAUAAUUGAUCAACAAUUGUAUAAAUUGCUCACAACUUCCAACUUGCUACUUCCAGGAAUUUACUUUUUAAAAGUGAAUUCUAAUUUUGGUUUAAUUAUUCAUUGGCCUGAAAUUGGAUGCUAUGAAAAUUAUUUAAUUACUCCUUUCCAGAUUAAAAGGAAUAUGGUUAAUUUACAUAGAUAUUUAACAAAACUCACCGAUCAUCAGAUCUGUUUAAUGAGCGAUGAAGAUUUGAAAGGCUUAAACUUAGGCAAAAUUGAUGAUACAGAUGAUUCAGAUGAUUCAGAUGAUUUAGAUUACGAGUUUACAGUAAAAAGAAGUCAAGAAGAAAAGGAAGAUUUUAAUAUUGAUAACGGCUUUAAGGUGAAUUUGCCAAAUAACAUUAAGACCGAAAUUAAUAAUCAAAAUGAAGGUGACAUCCCGUUAUAUCCAAUAGUUGUUGAAUCUACUACAAAUCAAUCAUUCGUCACUCGACAAUUGAUAAAGGGAAUUAGGCAUUCAAAGAUUGUCCUUGCGCGAGUUUCUGUAGAAAAAUUUCCAAAUCAUCUUAAAACAAAACUGCAAGGUCGAUAUUUACGUAUUGAUCGUAAUAAGAUGGAUAUAUAUGCACUAGAAUUGUUUAUUAAACACGGAUUAGGAAUGGAAGAAUCUUUAACUCCACUGUAUGACGCAAUUUCUACCGUUAAAGAUAUCGAAAUCAUUCAAAAAAUGGCAAUAAUAAAACUACAUGAUUUUGAAAGUAUUUUUGAUAAAUAUAUUAUUCGGGAUAAUUGUCUAUCACGAACAAACAUUAGCGAUACGGACCUCGAAAGAAUUCGAACGAGGUAUCCUGGAAUAGAAUAUCAAAUUAAAAAAAUGAUUAAAAUUGACUCAGAAAAUUGGGAAAAAAUGAAAACAAAAUAUAAUUUAUCAUGCAUCGUUAUUAAUAAAAUAUUGAAAACAAAUGAAUCAGAAGAUGAUGAUGAUACAGAUGAAACAGAUGAAACGAAAAAAUUCGCAAUAGAAACCUUUUAUAAUAUGUUCACUGAUAUUGAAUCUGACUUAAACAAAUUGCUUGAAAAAUAUACACAAAAUAAUUGGAGUAUUUUUAAUGUUUUUAAAACUUCGAAUAUUUAUAAGGCAGAACAAAUGACCAGUAAAAUGUCAGAUGAAGAAUUUAUUGAUGAACUCAUGGAAUAUGAAUUAUUUGAAGGAUAUGAAGAAAUUAGAGAAAAUAUUAUAAAUAUUUUUAUUGAGGAGUAUCAUAAAUGGAAAAACAAUCAAGUAAAUAAAUUAAAGCGAGAAUACGAAGAAGAAAAGAAAAUAAUUGAGAAAAAUAUGUUUGGACAAAUAUGUAAUGAAAUAGAAACUAAAUAUAAAGAUGGCGGUUCCAUGCGAUUAUAUCUAUUAAAUGUAAAAAAAAAUGAAGAAUCUUUCACGAUUGAAUAUGAUAUCGAAGAGCUUCAACCAGAUCAACUGCAAUUAACGAUUUAUGAAACAUCAUUAAAAGUAGAUACCCCAUCUCCAAUUUUACUUAAUCAAUACGGUACAUCAUUUCGCAUUCCUCAAGUCUAUGACUUUAAAAAAAUAUCUCAAUUUGAUAAUUGUAAAUUUCUUCUUAUGCUUUACAAUAAAGAUAACAAAAGAAUUGAAAUAUUCUUUAAUACUGCAAGACAAUUAGCACAAAAUUUUAAAUCGCAUUCGACUAUUAAACCAUUUAAACUAUUGAAUACAGAUGAAAAUUUUAUUAUUGCAGUUAAUGAACCAAAAGGGCUUCUCGCAAUAUAUAAUACGAAAGAAGUUAAGCUUGACGUAUUUUCUUUUGGCGAUAAUCGAUCAAGGUUAAAUCGAUGUUAUGCAAAUAUUCAAUUAUUGCAAUGGUAUAGUAAUAUACCGAGCAUUAAAUAUUUUCUGUUCAUCAAAGACACUGAGAAACUUUGCUUUGUCGAGAAUUGUGGUCGAGCACGUAUUUUUAAUAUCAUGUAUCCUCAAUUCCGAGUAGAUUGUAAGUUUCCGUCUAAUCUAGUGAAUGUUUUAAGUUCCCCAGAUGGUUCUUAUAUUGUGGCAUUUACGAAAGAAAUAUUGAAAGAUAAAUCUGAAGAAUUUGAUUCAAUUAUUUCUACUGAUGAUAAAAAACAACGUGACUAUAAUAAUGGUAUUAAGGAGAUAAAUCGUGUUUACGUUUAUUUUUCCGGAGAAUAUGGAGGUCCUGUUAAUAAAGUUAUUGAUUUACCAUUAAAUUUUAAAUUCUUGGAGUUUCUUCAAAUUUCCUGUAUCGAUAACCAACAAACUCAUUUGAUCUCACUCGAUUUAAAUAAUGGAUGUUUUAAUUCUUUAUUAUUGGUCCAUAAGAAGAUGAUAUAUCGUUUCCAACAUUACAAGCGAAAUCGUUCACUUGCGCUUCAGAGAACAAAAUCAAAUGAUCUUAUCAAUCCUUAUAAAUUAAUGUUUGAAAAAUAUCCAAUUGAUAGCUGUAUCGAUCCUGAACAAAGUCGCCCUCUUAGUUUAAAAGUAGUUCUUGAUAUUGAUGAAAGCGGCAACAUUGAAAAAUAUGGCGAGAAAUUUGAAAAAUAUACUACUAAAAUAUUUGACAAUUUAAAGCGUUUGACAAAGAAGCCUGCAAAUAUAUUAAAGAAAUUUUCUACAUCAGUUAUGACUUUUCAAGAACUUGAUAUUGAAAAUGUGGAAUUUCAAAAGAAAUUUUCAUCAGAAUAUCAGUUAGGAGAAUGGAUUAUUCAACUUUGUUGUCUAAUUCCUAUACAAAUUGCUGUAGCAAGAAACAACUUAUUUCAGCCACUCAAGGAUGGAUUAUCUUCGGAUGAAAACCAUCUAAUUGAACUUGGAGAUGAUCGUCGUCAUGUAGAAAUUAUAUCAAAAAACAUAUCUUUUGGAUGGUAUGAGGGAAUCUUCAAGCAUUUUAGUAAUAAAAAAGUAAAAAUUAUUUCAAGCAUGGGUGAACAAUCAUGUGGAAAAUCAUUUAUGUUAAACCAUCUUGUUGGAACUACAUUUGAUGUGCCAGCAACAGUAUGUAAGCGUUGUACUGAAGGAGUAUGGAUGUCAUUAGUUAAUACAAAAGAAUGUAUUUAUGUCGCGCUCGAUUUUGAAGGAUUAAGAUCUUUUGAAGGAACUUCACAAGAAGGCAUAGAUGCAAAAAUGUUUCAAAACUUACAAGCUGGCGUAAAGUUAUUUGAGUCGGAUCCAAAGGUAAGACUCUGUAUUAUCAUUAAAGACGUGCCUAAAGCAGAUAAGGAUGGUAUUAUUAACGAGCUUCAAUUAAAAUUGGAGAAAUUAAUUGCAGAGGAAGGAAUAGAUAAUUUUAUUACAAAAAUGUAUGGAGAUGAAUUAAAUAUUAUGGCUUUGCCUGAUUUUCAUGACGUAGCAUGGUUUGAAAGGCUAUCAAAAAUUAAAAUGCUGCUAGAUAGAAAAGAAACAAAAUAUGACAAUGCCAAAACUUUCUUGCAAAAUACGAAAGUAAUCAUGGCUAAAUUGAAGAUAUGUGAUUGGAGUUCAUUAAACGAAAACCUCAUACAUAUACGUGUUGCAACUUUAAAAAGAUUACUUCCAAUUGCUGUAUCUUAUGGUAUAGAGCAAAAAGAUCCCGUUAUUAUACCUCUUGUGAAUCAUGAUUCUGAAGAACCAAUUUAUGGCCCAAUUGAUUUUUUGAAUGAUGGAAACCCAAUUAAAUUGUUUCCAGAUAUCAAUGAUGAUGUUGAUGAAUUUUUCAUCCAACUUUCCGAGUAUUUAAGAACCCAUUUCGAGACAACUAAACAAUCACGAAAAGAAUCAUCUGAUGAUAAUGAAUGGUUUUCUAACUUUGAUAGAUUCUUAAAGGAUAUUAUUAAACGUCGAACUUCACGUGUUAAAAAUUGGUAUUUGCAAAAUACUGCCAAAUUUCCACAAGAUAAUAGUGACAUAACUGAUGGAAGAUAUGCAUUGAAUCAAAAAAUAGAUGAACUUACACGUCUAUGGACUUUGUGUGGAUUAACAUGUUAUCAAUGUGGUUUGAAAUGCGUGAAAAAUCAUGAUCACAAAGAAAAUCAUGACUGUUUAACCGAUCAUAAGUGCCAUUUUCCUUGUCACUUUAGUGAAGCCCACAACGACAAUCCAACCCCAGAAUGUAAACACAAGGCUGGACAUAAAGGAAAACAUGCUUGUGCCAAAAUGAUUCAUUUAUGUGGUAAAACAUGUUUCCUUAUUGGCAAGUUUAACUGUCAAAAAUUUUGUUCUAAGAAAUUUGGACAUGAUGAUGGCGAACAUUUAUGUCAAUCAAAACGUAAUCAUUAUUGUGGAAAAGAUUGUUCAUUAUCAAUACACAACACAAAAGGAGAUUAUCGUUGCCCAAAUAAAUGUACUAUAUCAUAUAAAGAACAUCAUUAUUUUCAUCGUUGUGAAAAUACAACUUGUCCAAUUCAAUGUCCAAUUCCAGAUUGCAAGGAAAGAUGUCAAAGUGAUGAUCACUUUCAUGCUUUUUCUGACUCACAGCAAGUUAAUCAUUUUUGUGGGAAAGAGCAUCAAUGUCGUGAAUUAUGCGAAGAAGAUGGUAUAUGUAAUGUGGUGACUGAACCUAAAAAGCAAGAAGAAACUUAUAAGGGUAGAGUCGAAGGAACUGUUAUUACAUAUACAAAGUAUAUUCAAUUAAGUGAGAAAUUAAAAUGUAAUAAAAUGAUUCCUCCGAAUGAAUUUGAGCAUGCUGGAAAACAUACGCAUAAUGAAGAUCACUAUUGUGAUAAAAAAUGUCAGUUCUGCGAAUAUUAUUGUACAUUACCUUAUGGACAUCCGCAUUUUCAUGACACAAGACAUGGUAUAAAUAUGACACAAACUGAAUUCACAGGAGAUGAAUUUGUAUAUGCAGGAGUUAGUGAUCAAAAAACGUUUGUUCUUUGCAAUUUAUUUUGUAAAGAUUUAGGCAGACAUCGCCAUAUUGAUUAUUGCCAAAAUGAUGAAAAUUGCGAACUGAGCCGGGAUAUGCAACACAUCAAUGUGAAAGUUUCGCCUAAUCCUGAUAAGCCAAAAGAUUUUAUUUCUCACAAACUUUUCUGGGAGCGAACAGGCUUCAAAGACCCUCAUACUUGUCAAGAACAACAAGAAUUUACAAAAUGUGAUCAUCAAUGUCCCGAUAAAAAACAUAAAUCUAAAUCAUCAUUUUGUGAAUUACAACUUUUCCAUGCCCCAAUAUCAAAACCUCCAAAUGAUUAUGGAUAUGUAUCUUCAGAUGGGCAUUAUUUUAAUUGUGAAAAACCAAAUACUCCUUUUCACAUUAUCUUUGUUUUGGAUUAUUCAAGUUCUAUGACUAAGCAAGAUAUUAAACCGAUUCAAGACUUUCCAAUUUAUAAUGAUUUAACAAAGAAGCAUAAUAAUAGGAUUGGCGCAGUUUAUCAAGCGGUAUACUUAUUUAUGAAUGCACGUAGAAAUUCCACUAUGACUGAUAGAAUUUCAUUAGUCUUGUUCAACCAUAAGACUAUAGUCCCAUUUGAAUAUCAAGAUUUAACAAAUCUGAAAGAUUUGUUAAAUUCAAUGCUCCAAUACGAAGCUUGUGGUUUAAUAAAUUUUGAUAGUGCAAUUCAGAAAGCCGGAGUUUUGAUUGAAACUCACUUUGAUCCUACAAAAGUAAAUGUCAUUAUAUUCUUAUCUGAUAGAGAAUGCGGAACUCCAACAAAUCAACUUAAUGCUAUUUGUAAACAAAAUAAAGAAAAAGGUUCUCCGUUAUACCUGUAUACGGUAUUAUUUGGUAGUGAUCGACAUAGUAACUCUUUAAACAAAAUGGCAGAGAUUGCACAAUCUUAUCAUCCACAGAAUCCAUCAUCCAAAAAUGCUCUACGAUGUCAAUUUACUAGUACUGCUGAUGCGGGCAAAUUAGCGAAUUAUUUUAAUUACGUAGAAGACAGUUUAAGAAAUCAUGAACCAGCUUCAUUGAAGAAAGUAUAA